UCAGUCUGUGCGUGUUCGCGUCUUGGAGCUGGAAUUUGGGGAGUGGAAAUACCACUCACUGUUACUUUCGCAGUUGGCGUCAAGUCGAAUGAGAGUGUCUCCUCUGACAUUCUACUCUGUCGGUCAGUCAGCGCGCUUCGGAAAAGGGGCGAACCUUUACCGAACGGAACGCAGUCAAGAGGAUUAGGAAUUGGGUAGCCUGCUCGCACUCUCAGUACGCAGGUGUUUGUAGCUAACUCAUGCCUUGGUUGAUUUUAGACGGGAUAGUGAGUGUAUGAGAUAUUAUUGAAUUCUGGAACUUUUUCGUUACAUUUUUUAUGUAAAAAUAUCAGUUUUCGAUUGAUACCUGUCGGGGCACUUUAGGUGACUGGGUUUUCUGAAUCAACAAUUGUUUUCUGCGUUUGGAUUAUUAUAAUUUUCUUUGGAAAUGGCACAUUCUUAUUCUGGGAGAGAUACACGACUUUCAGAGAGAGGAAACUGUAGUUGAAUAAUAACACAGGAUGCUGCUUGCGACCUGAAGCACUCAGAAGAAUUUAGACAUUUCUAAGACGUUUGUUAUUUUGCUUUGCGCACUAUAAGAAGGUGGACAUAUCAAGUUUUUUAUUUUUWAUUUUUUUUACACGUGUGUAUUUUACAGCACAAUGAUGUAUUGUGGAUGUAUACUUUUCUUUUCAACCCAACUCCUCUUUGUGGCUUCAUUGACUCAAAGUUAUAAAUGUGGAGAUAACAUUGAGAUAACCAGUGCAGAUUAUCUCACCUCUCCUGGCUAUCCGAACUCAUACCCUCCAUCACAACAAUGUACGUCGGUGAUAUCGGCCCCAGACCCAGGACAGAAGAUACUCAUCAACUUUAACCCUCAUUUUGAUCUGGAGGACAGAGACUGCAAGUAUGACUAUGUGGAGGUGUUUAACGGUGGGGAUGAGCAGGCUCCGACCCUGGGGAAGUUCUGUGGGAAGAUAGCCCCCUCCCCCAUCAUCUCCAGCGGCAGCCAGCUCCUAAUCAAGUUUGUGUCCGACUACGAGUCACCCGGGGCUGGAUUCUCAGUGCGCUACGAGGUCUUCAAGACAGGACCUGAGUGUUCUAGAAACUUCACCUCGUCUAAGGGCGUUAUAAAGACGCCAGGCUUCCCUGACAAGUACCCCAACAACCUGGACUGUACCUUCAUGAUCAUCGCCCCCAAAAUGUCAGAGAUCGUGGUGGACUUUGACACGUUCGACAUGGAGCCUGACACCACCCCUCCACCCGGGGCAUUGUGUCGCUACGACUGGCUGGAGAUCUGGGACGGGUUCCCUGCAGUGGGACCCCACAUUGGGCGGUACUGUGGUAACAGCAGUCCUGGCCGAGUCAUCUCCUACACAGGGAUCCUGUCUAUGACCAUCAACACUGACAACGCCAUCGCCAGAGAGGGCUUCUCAGCCAACUACACCGUCAGAGAGAGGAGCCUACGACAGGGACCAGAGGACUUGACCUGUCUGGAGGGCCUGGGGAUGGAGUCAGGAGAGAUCACCUCAGAUCAGAUCACUGCCUCCUCUCAGUACAACCCUAACUGGUCCCCAGAACGCUCCAGACUCAACUACAAAGAGAACGGAUGGACCCCCUCAGAAGACUCUGCUAGAGAGUGGAUACAGGUGGACCUGGGAUUCCUCCGUUUUGUUUCAGCCGUGGGAACACAGGGAGCCAUCUCCAAGGAGACGAAGAAGGAGUACUUUGUCCAAUCCUACAAAGUGGACGUAAGCUCCAAUGGAGAGGACUGGGUCACAAUAAAGGAGGGAUCCAAGCAGAUGAUUUUCCAGGGGAACCACAAUCCUACAGAGGAAAAAAGGUCGUUCCUACCCAAGCAGACUCUAGCCCGUUACGUCCGCAUCAGACCCAUGUCUUGGGAGAUAGGCAUCUGCAUGCGCUUCGAGGUGUACGGCUGCCAAGUCACAGACUACCCUUGCUCCAGCAUGCUGGGGAUGGUCUCCGGGCAAAUCUCGGACGCCCAGAUCAGCGCGUCAUCGCACGCAGAGCGCGGCUGGGUACCAGAGAACGCCAGGUUGCUGACAGGGAGGUCGGGCUGGACCCAGCAACAGACCAGACAUCCCUUCCGGAACGAGUGGCUGCAGAUGGACCUGGGCCAGGACAAGCUGGUCAGCGGCCUGCUCAUCCAAGGAGGACGCCACAGAGACAAGAAUGUGUUUAUGAAGAAGUUCAAGGUGGGCUACAGCAACAAUGGCUCUGACUGGACCAUGGUGAAGGAAGACAACAGCUCUAGGCCUAAGAUCUUCAUUGGGAACCAGAACCAUGACACCCCAGAGCUGCGUACGCUGGCCUCUGCUGACUCGCUUCCUCAGGGUUACCCAGAUAGAGCCACCCCCGAUGGCCUGGGGCUCAGACUGGAGCUGCUGGGCUGUGAGAUCCAUGAGCCCACAACUCUCCUACCGACCACGGCUGUAGCAACCACGUUUGCUGUAACCACGUUCGCUGCCACCACAACCGCAUCUGUGACCAUGCCCACCCUGACGUCAGAGUGUGACGACCAGGAGUCCAGCUGUCACAGUGGAACAGGAACAGGAGGAGGGGAGGACUAUGACACAACAGGUGGCACCACAUUGGCAGACCCAACCCUGGAGGAAGAACUUGUGCCAGAGUACCUGUGGUUUGCUUGUGACUUUGGCUGGGCGGGCAACCCGUCGUUCUGUGGCUGGACACUGGAGAAGGAUACUGGUGCUGAGUGGAUGAUUCAGACCAGCGGGGCCCCCACCGUCCACAAAGGGCCCAACCUGGACCACACAGGAGUUCCAGGGAACUUCAUCUAUAUGCAGCUGGCUGCUGAGACCGAAAUGGAAGAGGAGAACGAGCAGGAGGAGGAGGAGACAGAGGUAGAGGAGGUGGAGGAGAGGAUGGAGGAGAGGGUGGCACGCCUAGCCAGCCUGCCUGUCACCGCCCCAGACACCAACCUGUGUGUGUCCUUCUGGUACCACAUUUUCGGGGAGCACGCUGGCACCCUGCACAUCAAACAGAGGAGACAGACAGAGGAGGGGCGGGCGGAGGCACUACUCUGGACCGUCAGUGGACACCAGGGCAGCAGAUGGAGGGAGGGACGACUGUUGGUGCCUCACUCCAGCAUACCCUAUGAGGUGGUGAUUGAGGGAGUGGGAGACAGGAGCACAGGACACAUCGCGCUGGACAAUAUAAAGAUCCUGGAUGGACUAACACCAGAGGAGUGUAAGGAUCCAGAUAUACCAGAGGCUCCUACGUCCCAGCCAACAGAGAUCUGCAUAUACCCGAUGGACCCCUACUACCCAGAGGAAGUGGAGAAUAGCGAGCUGGGUGGCCCAGGCAACAUGCUGAAAACCCUGGACCCCAUUCUCAUCACCAUCAUCGCUAUGAGCGCUCUGGGGGUUUUCCUGGGAGCCAUCUGUGGUGUUGUCCUCUACUGUGCCUGCUCGCACGGCCACAUGUCCGACAGCAGGAACUUGUCGGCUCUGGAGAACUAUAACUUUGAGCUGGUGGACGGCGUCAAGCUAAAGAAGGACAGCAAGCUAAAUGCACAGAACAGCUACUCAGAGGCGUGAGCGUCAUCCUCUGAGGGAAGAGAACACAAGCAGCCUCAUAGCUGGAGGAACUAGACCACCGGACGGAGGGUUGUGAGUUGUGACUCAAGUGUUAUCCUAUUCCUUAUAUAGUGCACUAUGUAGGGGAUAGGGUGGCAUUUGGGAUGCAGCUGGCUAUAGCGAUGGUGGGAGGUUGUGACUGAGCCAUGCUAUUCUCAGGAGCUGCAGUGAAAGGAACCUACCCGUAGUGGGCACUGUGUAUAAUAAAACGUGUACAGCAAAAAUUAUUAUUUUGUUUUUUGUUUGUUUUGCGACGUGCUUUGUUUUUCUGUAAUCAGAUGCUGGUGAUGAGACCAAUUGAGAUGGAAGUAUUUAUCAUGUUUUUGUUAUUUUUCUUCUGGAAGGAUAGGAUAUUUUAUUUUUCAUCAGAGGUCAUUAUUAUUUCACAGAAAUAGCAUAGAAACGUAUAUUCACUAUCCUGAUGCGUGGCUCUUCGGCUGGUCAUGUUAUCAGUUUGUAUGUCUGCAUCGAUUUGUGCAUCGAUUUGUGCAUCUUGUUUGUGUGUGUGUGUGUGUGCGUGCAUGUACGUACGUGUGCGUGCGUGAGCAAGUGUAUGUGCAUGCAUGUGUGUAUGCAUCCAGAGGGUGCUUGCCCUGGCCCUAGACCUGUGUCUAGUUCCACAGUGCCUUUUUGAAAGUUUCUGUUGCCUUUUCUCCACUGAUUCUGUUCUGAUCAUAGCAGUAUGUUAGGCAUCGGCUGAUAGAGUCUGAUUCUGAUCAUAGCAGUAUGUUAGGCAUCGGCUGAUAGAGUCUGAUUCUGAUCAUAGCAGUAUGUUAGGCAUCGGCUGGUAGAGUCUGAUUCUGAUCAUAGCAGUACGUUAGGUUGGUAGAGCAGGGUCAGAUUGGCAGGAUUCCAUGCCAUCCCUCCAUAGCACAUGACACAUCCAACUUAUUGUACAUAGGUUUUAAUAUAUUUGAGCGCCUUUAUAAAAAGAGACAAAAUGCUGCAGUAUCCUUUCUUUGUGGUUUAUGUAUCAUAGGCAAUGUUAUCUGGCUGUCAUCAUGUAUGUAAUAGGCAUUUUGUGUUGUUAUGUUCCAUUGGUGCUCUCCCAAUGCUGCCUGGGAAAUGAGGGUUAUUAUAGCCAAUGGUUAUGGCCUUUUGAGAGAUGUUCAGAUUCAGCCAUGAUCAUCAGUUUUGAGCCUUAUUAAUAGGGGCAACAAUUGGCUACAAAGGCCUAACAAGGAGAGAGUGAAGAAGUGUCAAAUGGCACCCUAUUCCCUAAAGAGUGCAUUACUUUUGACCAGAGCCCUAUGGGCUAUAUAAAAGUAGUGUACUAUAUAUGGAAUAUGGUGGUAUUUAGGACGUAUUCAGACAACAGACUGGGCGGCUGAAGCAUCUCUACGAAGAAAAUGCAAUCACAGUGCUAUGACAAUACCUGGGACAUUAUGGGCCAGUUUCUCAGACAUAGAUUCAGAAUCUCGUUGAGAAUGCUUUCAAGUCCUGGACUAGGCUUAAUCUAUGUCUGGGAAACCGGCCCUACAUCUCUGUGGUGGAAUGAUGGCCCUUGAUAGAAUGAAAGAGACUCUUAUGACGUCAUGCUGUUUUCAUGUACUGUAGCCUACAUCCUCUUUGCUCUCCUUUUUGUCUGUAUUGAAUGUUAAUGUGAAGAGUUCAGACAAAACAAAGUACUGUAUAAAAUGGCGAAGACAUAGAUCCAUGGUUUAAUCAAUGGAUGUGAUGUAGCUAUACUGUUUAUUCCUUCCGCCGGGGUCUAUGAGCUUCUAUGUUUAGAUUCUUUCAUGUUUUCUUCAUGCGGGGUAGCUAGUUAAACAGAUGUUUCAUAGUUCUGCUUCGAGCUCAUAACAGUAUUCCACAUUCCAUAGGAUUAGAAUGAUUGGAAUUAAAAUGAGUCAUUCUAUUUGUAUGGUUCCACCACUUGUAAAGGCAUAAUGUUUUGGUGUAGUCUUCGUCAAUAGGAAAGGAUGCUGCAGCAAUAGAUGUGAAAACAAUGUUGCACUGAUAUAUUUAAAAGAUCUUUGUGUUGUUUAUGAUAUUGACUUGUGAAAAAAGAGAAAGAAAGCAAAAGAAGGAUAAGACAGUGUUACAGAUAACUCUUUUAUAUGGUUUCAGAUGAUAUAGUUCUGAAAUGUACAAUUAUGGAGAUGUUUUUCAUUAUUGAAAAAGCUAUACAUGUCUCUUUACUUACGUAAUGUUUAACUUGGUAUGUUAUAUCACCUUGUGUUUUUUGUACUGUCACAAAUGUCUGUGCCAUUUUUUUUCUACAAAAUGUUUGAUUUUCAAUACUGCUUCUGUAAUUUGCCGUCCCAGAUAAAAAAGAAAAAAAGAAGUUAGCAGUUGAGGCCUUAAUGACUCAAGUAAUGUUUCUUUACUUGGACUCCGUCCCAAAUGUCCCUAUUCCCUAUAUAGUGCACCCAUAGGGCUCUGGUCAAAAGUAGUGCACGAUGUAGGGAAUAGGGUGCCAUUUGACUCCCUGGUCAGCUUCUACCCAUCUGUCUAUGUUGUUUCUGACUCUGAUCAAUGACUACUACAUUCCAAAGAAUUGGAUCAAAUAAAUGUUUGAAUAAGAU